AUGAGUACAAGUGAACAAUAUCCUGGAUAUAAGACUAUUACAUCUUACUUGAAGGAACGAGAAAAUUGCCAAGAAAAUUGGUCAUAUCAUGGGUUUUUGCUCUUUCACCAUGAUGAUAUUAUUGCUUCAUCAUCUUCAAACAAAUGGAAGAAACUUAACAAUUUUUGGAUGAACAGCUUUUUAAAGGAAGCAAGAAAACUAAUCAUUAAUCAAGAAAUUUACAAUGCUAUAGAAGAAAAGGUAAAUAAAGAACAAACACGUUAUGCAAAAGAAUUAGAAAUUUACUGGAAGGAGGUGAUUACAGAACUAAAUAAGUGCAAGUGUAAGUUUUUUAAAAAAUUUUAUUCUAAUUCGCUAAAGACAUCAGAUUCCGAAUCUGUUGAUGCUGAAAUUAUUGAUUUCAAAAAAGGUAGGGUCAAUUCUGGAACAAAUAAAAAAGCUCAAAUUAUUACAGAAUUACGUGAAAAAUAUCAUUGUUUCUUAUAUCAAUUUCCUUGUAUUAUAAAAGAUGGAAUGCAUAAAAAACUAACGUGCGCGCAUUUAGAGCUUUGGUCAACAGAAAUAAUUAAAGGUUUUACUACCAUAGACAAACCUCCGACUUAUCAAAUAUUUGUGUUUGAUAAAAAAAAAGCAUUCCUUCUCAGCAUAUUCAAGUCAAUCCAAGCGGAUCACAAGUUAUUUAUCCAUCACCUUAUCAUUCAAAUCACGUAUAUCAAUAUUAUGCUCCAAAUAUGUAUCAAAAUUAUUACUCCGACUUUAGUUGCAACCAAUACUAAUGUUAACGUAAAUAAUACUCACAUAAAUGUAAAAGAAAAUAUUUCUAUUCAAGAUUUUUUUGAAAAUUUAGAUAAAAAAUUCGGUGAUAAAGUAUUUUCAGUAUAUUUGAAAAAUUUUUCAGAUCAGCGUAUUGAAGUUCAGAAUAUUCCUGAAUUAGGAGAUGAGGAGUUUCUAGUUUAG